GGUGGGGCAGAGACGGACAGGAGGGACUGGGGGUGGUCUGUUGGCACCUUAAGAGUAAGUUCUAUGCUUGUUUUCCUGUGUUGACUGCCUGCGAGUCAGAAAGGACGAUAGAGGAGGAGGACAGAGCAGAGGGAAUAGUGAACGUUUUCUCCUGAUUGCAGCUAAACACCUACAGCUCAUGCCCCAGAAUGACACUCGUUUGUCAGCGUGAGGAAAAGGAGUGAUGACGAAGAAUCUUCCCUUCUCUUGCUCCAGUGACCAAAUGCCAUCUGCCAGCAUUCAUUUAGGCCUUUGUGUUUCGUUCUAAAGGUGGAGUAGCAGCACAAGACACAGCUAAACAAGCUGACAAUAUUUCUCAGCCUCUACCAGUGGUCAUGACUGAGCUGGCUACACGUGAAAGAACAAAGGAGGGGGUGUCUAAAGAUGAGUCUUUCUUGGGACAAACUAUGACUGGAGAAUGUUCAUCUAGCGAAAGGGAGACUGAUAUAUUGGAAGAUGAGGAUGAUGUAGCAGCUCCUUUUUCAGACACGCCAUGUAGCAGUAAUAGUUGCACCCUUUCAACUGAGAAUCUGCCUGAAGGCUCGAUACUGUCCCAUGCUGACUUUACUAACGGUUGGAUUCAACAGCAAACAGAAGCCAAAAAUAACUUGGUAUCCAAUGGAGAAUACAGCUCAGGUAAAUGGAAUGAGAAGCCAUCACCAUCGGUGGCUCCUUAUACACCAACCAGAGGACACUGCAAUAGGCUAGAGGCGCAGAGAGGUGGACUGGAAGAGGCUAAUCCUUGCAGUGUUUCACAAAACUCCGAUAUUUUAGACACGAUGCAGUCAAUACAUUUCACAAAUGCAUCAUCUUGCCAAGAAGCAGAGUUAGCUUCAUUAUCUAUAGAAAUAGAUGACUCAAUAGAGCAGUUGAACCAACUGGUUCUGGAUUUGGACCCCACCUUUGUUCCUGUUUCUACUGGCUGUGCCCCCCUGUCACGAUCCACCACCUUCAAAAGCAGUGGCCUCAAAGAUAAAAGAAAUACCCAUCUGACUGGCUGGAAGCGGAAGAAGCAGAUCAGUGAUGUGACUGACCACACUCGUCUUUGGACACUCAACACAGGUCUUCAUGGUCUUGUAUCAGGAGGGGAAGGACCUCAAUGGUUGAGGGACUACCUGGUCAGCACUCCUUCCCAUUUCUCAUCACAGCACAAUUGUAAGCAAAAUUGUGCAGACUACAGCGACCAAAGUGAUAGCUUGGAAUCUGUCCCACCAACUCCAGCCUUUCCAGUGUCUCCUACAACGCCUUACGUGGAACACUUUUCAGAGUUUUCACAUAUCAGGUCUGGUGAUCAGUGGGCCCAACACAGCUGGAGACAAGAGUCCCGGGGUUUCCUCGAUAGUGCAAACCAUACUGGUAGCUCUAUUGAUGGAGAGCUGUUCAGAUCAGACGUGUCUGUGAGCACUGCUUCCUGUCCUCGGGUAUUUGGUUCCAUGUGUUCUGUGUCAUCAAGCAGCCCCCUCCCACACAGAGACAGCUGCACGCCGCCUCCUGUGUGGCAGCAGCCAACUUUGAACUCCUCACAGCCCUCAACUCCUAUCAAGCGCAGCACUCCUAAUGAUGCCCACAGUUCACCUUGGGGGCCUCCUGGUGUGCCUCCAGGGAUCCACAUGGAGACAGAUAGCACAGACUUGCCCUCCUUAUUGACGGUAAAUGGCAACCUAGAGCACAGCCUGCUGGAGGCAAUGGGGGACCUCAGGGACCUGAACCUUGGUGGAGAUGGUGACCUCCCGCCACUGUUGCCUGAAAAGAGGAGAGCGGGUGAAGGUGGGGACCUUGGCUCCUGCUUGCCUUGUUUGAGUGGGUUUUCCAGUCCUCACAGCGAAAGCAGUCUCAGCCUUUCUUUCUCAUCACUGACCCCUGACCCUUUCAAAGAUUUAAGUGGGAGCACAUCACCUGGAGCAGAGUUUGGCAGUAAGCAGGACACUGUGAAGUUUGUUCAGGACACUUCCAAGUUCUGGUACAAGCCUGACAUUUCCAGAGAUCAAGCUAUUUCAGUGUUAAAGGAUAAAGAACCAGGCUCUUUUAUUGUCAGAGACAGCCAUUCAUUUCGCGGGGCUUAUGGACUGGCUAUGAAAGUGGCCACUCCCCCUCCAUCUGUGCUGCAUCAGAGUAAAAAAGUCGGAGUUCCGUCCAAUGAGCUGGUGAGACAUUUCCUGAUCGAGUGUACACAGAAAGGAGUCCGUCUUAAAGGCUGCCCCGAUGAGCCAUUCUUUGAUUUAUGUUGGAUUUUUCUGCCAGGGAGCCUCACUGCUCUGGUGUGUCAGCACUCCAUCACACCUCUGGCUCUGCCCUGCAAACUCAUUCUGCCUAACAGAGACCCGUUUGAGGAUAUGAGUGACUCUCCUGCAAAGACAGCAACAAACUCAGCAGCUGAACUUCUAAAGCAAGGAGCAGCAUGUAAUGUGUGGUACCUUGGCUCUGUGGAAUUGGAGUCUUUAACGGGACACCAGGCAGUGCAGAAAGCUACCACGGUGACACUCAGCAUGGAUCCUCCAUCGGCCUCGACUGUUGUCCACUUUAAGGUGUCGGCGCAGGGCAUCACACUCACUGACAACCAGAGGAAGCUUUUUUUCAGAAGACACUAUGCAGUCAAUACAGUCAUUUUCUGUUCCUUGGACCCACAAGGAAGGAGAUGGACGAGAGGCAGUGGUUCGACUGCAAAGAUAUUUGGGUUCGUCGCACGGAAAUCGCAGAGUGAGACAGAAAAUAUUUGCCAUCUGUUCGCUGAACACGACCCGGAGCAGCCAGCGAGCGCUAUCGUCAACUUUGUCGCAAAGGUUAUGAUCGGGUCACACAAGAAGUGAGGAACAAGCAUCGCAAACGUGUAAAAGCCAAUGAAACGGACAGAUUCCCACGUCGCACAUUGUGAUGGUGGGAUGCACAAGUCAAAACCGGAACAAUAACACGAGCAGCUAACAAGAAUUUCAGAGCAGAACUCAAAACACUCCAGCAUAUCCUUCAUAUGCUAAUACUGAGUGUGCUGCAGGAUGUUGCCGUUAGAGGGAGCCAACGCUAUUGUGUAUGCUGCGAACUCAUCAUCGCUCAUCGUGAAACCGUGGCGCUGCUGGCAAAGGCUUGUCGGAUAUUAUGGGGACAAUUUAGCACUGAAGAUCUAUGGUGGACACAAUUUACAGUGCGUUACUUUUCUUGUUGACAGUUUCAGCGAGCAACAGUAACGAACAACAUAAUUAGAUGAAAAACAUGCUUAUUAUUUGAUUGGUAAAAAGAUGUGUUUUAAGAUUUAAAAGGCUUAUUUAAUGCAGAAAAGAGAGCAACUGUAAAGACUGAUUUUUUUUAACCUUGUGUGUCAGACAUGUUUUUCCUUUGUGUUUACUCUUCUAAAACUAUUUAUCUAAAUGUAUUAAAAUAGUUUUCCUCUGCUUUAUAUGUCACAAACUGUAUUUUUGUACAUAAACAUAUGCUGUACAUUAUGACAAAUAAUGUACCUCAGGAUUCGUGCUAUUAUGCUACGUGUUUUUAAUGUAAUCUGAUGUACUCUGUAGCUGAUUAAAAAUACAAUCUUUAUUUGUUAUUAUUGUUAUUAUUAUUUUUGUACAGUUGUCAUAGCACAGUUUUUAGUGAAAUGCAUUACAUUGUAGAAAUUGUCGAAAUGCUUUCCUACCAUACACACGUUUCAACACUGUAAGCCAACAAAAUAGCAUUUGCUUUCUGGCUUGUAACAUUAUGACAUAAAGGAAAUCUAAUAACCUCCA